AUGCAAGAGAAGACAAAGGCCAAUUUCCAACAUGCCGAGAUUCUGGUAUCAGAACCCCCGGCCGGCACAGAUGGCGCUCCCGGCAGCAGUGAUGUGUCGCUUAGCGAGCCAGACCUCAUGGCUGUGUACAGCAGGUUUGCGCCGACACAACGCAUUGUCAUCAUCGCCGUCGCGAGCACCAUCGGUCUGCUGAGCCCCCUGAGCUCGAAUCUGUACACCCCGGCCAUCCCGGCCGUCGCGAGGGACCUCAAUGUCUCGACUGACGCCAUUAACCUGACCAUCACCUCAUACCUCGUGCUCCAAGGUAUCAGUCCCACUCUCUGGAGCGCCAUCGGCGACAGCACCGGCCGCCGCCUGCUCUACCUCAUCGCCCUCACCAUCUACCUGGCCUCGUGUCUAGGCCUUGCCCUGUCCCGCAACUACCCUGCCGUCGUCGCCCUGAGGGCCGUCCAGGCCGUCGGUUCGGCCUCGACGACGGCCAUCGGCGCCAGCCUGAUAGGCGAUCUGAUCCACGUCAGCCGCCGCGGCAAGUAUAUGGGCAACUACAGCGCCUUGGGCGGAGCCGGCACCGCCUUUGGCCCCGUCAUCGGCGGCCUGUUCGCCCAGUACACUGGGUGGCGAGGCAUGUUCAUCUUCCUGGCGUCUCUGGCCGCGUUCCUCCUGCUGUUCACCGUCCUGCUACUCCCCGAGACGAAGCGCGGCAUCGUCGACGACGGGUCAAUACCCCCGCCGCGGUACCUUCGCGCGCCCCUGAAGUGGCUCGACGCGCCCAAGUCCGGCGACGGGGCGGCCGAUGCGAAGGCGGGCGCCAAUUUCCGUAUCGAUAUCGGUGCCCCAGUCCGUCUGCUCGUCGAGCCCGAGUGCCUGUGCAUCGUCACCUUCACGGGCAUCUGCUACACCGUGUGGCAGGUUACCAUGGUAGCGACCGCCACCCUCUACGCGGAACGGUACGGUCUGAACGAGAUGAGCAUCGGCCUCACUUAUAUCUCCAAUGGUGUCGGCUCCCUAUGUUGUAGCGUGCUCACGGGGAAGCUUCUGGACCGUGAGUACAAGCACCAACUCAAGAAGGAACAGGCGGUCCAGCGAGCGGCCGCCGACAACGCCGACGGCUCGCCCACCGUCAAAGAAGUACAGCAUAUCGAGCUCGCACGCAUCAAGCCCGUCAUCAUCCCAACUGUGGCCUACUUGGUGUCUGUUGUCGCCCUCGGCUGGAUCAUCGAGUUUCAUGUCCACAUCGCCGCCUCUAUCACCAUGGCCUUCUUCGUUGGAGGCCUAGACACCAUCAUUCUGGCCGCCUUCUCAACCCUCAUCGUCGACCUGUUCCGAAGUCAGAGCUUCAGCGCUGCAGCCUCGAUGAACCUGUCACGUUGUCUCUUGGCUUCGGGUGGAACCGCCGCCAUCGGUCCUCUAAUUCGCGCCGUCGGCGUUGGCUGGACAUUUACGCUCUGUUCCAUCGUCGCUCUGGCUUCAUGCUCCUUGGCAUUGUUGGAGCUGUGGCGGGGCCGACACUGGCGCGCGAAGCGUAUGCGGGCGGCUGCGCAGCGGGAGAAAGCGGCUUGA